AAUAAAAAAUACAACAAUGGAGGUAAUCCAAAAGUGUAUACUUUGUAUAGAAGGAUUGUUUAUUCUGUGGAGGAUGGUGUAUACACAUGUUAGUCAAGUAAAGGAUAGAGCUUUGGCUUAAACCCACCCUGCUGCUUCUUCCGGGCUCAACUGAGAAGCCCAGAGCAGCGUUGGAAAUCACUUUGAAAAAUCGGGAGACGGGUUUCAAAUUGCGCCCAAAAGCUUAAGAAAGAGAAAUGGACCGCCUCUCCAAUGCGUUCUCGGUGCUGGAUGUUGACGUCGACGACCGCCAUAGCCCGUCUGCCGCCGCCACCUCCUCUUCCGGUUCCAAAACCUCAGGUCAGGGUAAGAAGAAAAGCAAUGGAAAGGGCUCAACUGCUGCGGCAGUUGUCAACAAGGAGAAACAGAGUGAACCGAUUUCGGCAUUGCUUUCUGAAAACUACAGGUUACCCCUUGUGUGGAUUGACUUGGAAAUGACCGGUUUGAAUAUUGAGGUUGAUAGAAUUCUGGAGAUAGCUUGUAUAAUUACAGAUGGCAAUCUCACCAAAACAUUGGAGGGUCCUGAUCUGGUUAUCCAUCAAUCUAAAGAGUGUUUAGAUAGAAUGGGGGAAUGGUGUCAAGAACAUCACGCAGCUAGUGGAUUGACGAAGAAAGUGCUCCAGAGUACCAUUAGCGAAAGAGAAGCUGAAAAGCAGGUCUUAGAAUUUGUGAAGAGUAACAUUGGGACGUACACACCUCACAUAGCUGGAAAUUCGGUUUAUAUGGAUUUUCUCUUUUUAAGGAAAUAUAUGCCAGAGUUGGCUAGUCUUUUCUCUCAUAUAGUCGUUGACGUGAGCAGUGUGAGGGCUCUUUGCAUUCGCUGGUAUCCUAGAGAUCAAAAGAAAGCCCCUCCCAAAGAAAAGAGACACAGAGCCAUGGAUGACAUCAGAGAGAGCAUAUCAGAACUCAGAUACUUCAAGGAAACGAUAUUUAAAGCGAAGUCCAAGAAGUGAAUGCCAAUUGCUUUUGGAGAAAAAUUCACAUGAGUGCCACUCUUUCUUGAGAACAAUUAGGUCAUGGAACAGGUUGUUUUGUAGUUUUAGUUCAAGAGUUCUAAUAUGUUUAUCCCUCAAUGUACAAUGUAUGAAAUUUUUUUUGUAAGUGGCUUCAACAUAUGAUGAUCACUCCACAUGGCUGCGCAGCAGAGACAGUUCUGUGGUUUGUAUGUUGAUGCAAAUAUGCAAUGGUUACAAGUUUUUGUCAGAAGAUAUCUCAAUGUUCUUAAAUGUAAGCAACAUAUUUUGUAUGUG